UCAGGAACCGGAAGUCCGUCUUGGAUGGCAUCGGCGGCGGCCUCUGCGUGGAGCUGAUCUCAGGGGCUGCGCCUUCCCGCGCCCGCUGGUUGCCUCAUGGUGCGGGCCGCGGCCGCCAGCCCCGGUUCGGAUCGGCGGCGCUAAGGCGCCGGGCAGCAAGCGACAUGGCGUCGGGCCUCCGCGCCGCCGUCUUUCCGCGCUGGAAGCGCCAUAUCUCGGAGGAGCUGAGGCGCCGGGACCGGCUGCAGAGGCAGGCGUUCGAAGAGAUCAUCCUGCAGUAUAACAAGUUGCUGGAAAAGUCAGAUCUUCAUUCGGUGCUGGCCCAUAAGCUGCAAGCUGAAAAGCAUGACAUACCAAACAGGCAUGAGAUAAGUCCCGGACAUGAUGGCACGUGGAGUGAUAGUCAGCUGCAGGAAAUGGCCCAGCUGAGGAUUAAACACCAAGAAGAGCUGACUGAGUUACACAAGAAACGUGGGGAGUUAGCUCAGUUGGUGAUUGACCUGAAUAACCAGAUGCAGCAGAAGGACAAGGAGAUGCAGAUGAAUGAAGCAAAAAUUGCAGAAUGUUUGCAAACCAUCUCUGACCUGGAGACUGAGUGCCUGGAACUCCACACUAAGCUUCAGGACCUCGAAAGAGUCAACCAGACCCUGAAGGAUGAGUAUGACGCCCUGCAGAUCACUUUCACUGCCCUGGAGGAGAAACUGAGGAAGACUACUGAGGAGAACCAGGAGCUGGUCACCAGAUGGAUGGCCGAGAAAGCCCAGGAAGCUAAUCGCCUAAAUGCAGAGAAUGAAAAGGACUCGAGGAGGCGGCAAGCCCGGCUGCAGAAGGAGCUUGCAGAAGCAGCAAAGGAACCUCUGCCAGUUGAGCAGGAUGAUGAUAUUGAAGUCCUUGCGGAUGAAACCUCUGAUCACACUGAGGAAACCUCUCCCGUGCGUGCCAUCAGUAGAGUGGCCACUAAGCGACUCUCGCAGCCUGCUGGAGGCCUUCUGGAUUCUAUCACUAAUAUCUUUGGGAGGCGCUCUGUCUCUUCCUUUCCAGUUCCCCAGGAUAACAUGGAGACUCAUCCUGGUUCUAGUAAAGAAGUGAGGGUGCCAACGACUGCACUGUGUGUCUUUGAUGCCCAUGACGGGGAGGUCAACGCGGUGCAGUUCAGUCCGGGUUCCCGGCUCCUGGCCACAGGAGGCAUGGAUCGGAGGGUGAAGCUCUGGGAAGUGUUCGGAGACAAAUGUGAGUUCAAGUGUUCCCUGUCUGGCAGUAAUGCAGGAAUUACAAGCAUUGAAUUUGAUAGUGCUGGAUCAUACCUCUUAGCAGCUUCAAAUGAUUUUGCAAGCCGCAUCUGGACUGUGGAUGACUAUCGGUUACGGCACACACUCACGGGACACAGCGGCAAGGUGCUGUCUGCCAAGUUCCUGCUGGACAAUGCGCGUAUUGUUUCUGGAAGUCACGACCGGACCCUCAAACUCUGGGAUCUACGCAGCAAAGUCUGCAUAAAGACGGUGUUUGCGGGAUCCAGCUGCAAUGAUAUUGUCUGCACAGAGCAGUGUGUGAUGAGUGGACAUUUUGACAAGAAAAUUCGUUUCUGGGACAUCCGAUCAGAGAGUAUCGUCCGAGAGAUGGAGCUCUUGGGAAAGAUUACUGCCCUGGACUUAAACCCAGAAAGAACUGAGCUCCUCAGCUGCUCCCGAGACGACCUGCUAAAAAUUAUUGACUUACGAAUAAAUGCUGUCAGACAGACAUUCAGUGCCCCUGGCUUCAAGUGCGGCUCUGACUGGACGAGAGUUGUGUUCAGCCCUGACGGCAGUUACGUGGCAGCAGGUUCGGCUGAAGGCUCUCUGUACAUCUGGAGCGUGCUCUCCGGGAAAGUGGAGAAGGUCCUUUCAAAACAUCACAGCUCCUCAGUCAACGCGGUGGCCUGGUCGCCUGCCGGCUCCCACGUCGUCAGUGUGGACAAAGGAAGCAAAGCUGUGCUGUGGUCAGAGUAUUGACGGCACCUCGUCAGGAGAGAGCGGAUCAGACGCCGGCGGAGCACGCGGGCCCCACAGCUCUGUCCUGGCAGAUGGCGCGUGGGGUGUGGCUUUGACCUCCAGAGAAGAGCUCGAGCUGUGGGGUGCAGUCGCCUGCCUUUGAGGAGGGCUCCUGAGGGUCACAGCUGAGGUCUCAUGGCCGAAGGAGUAACAGUGAAAGCAGCCUAACGCUGCGGUCACUCAGCAGAGGUUCAGGUUCUUGCCCUGAUUCGAGUGGGAAACACUACUGGCUCUGAUCUUGCAUACCUCAGCGGGGGGAGCGCAGGCACCCGCUGGUGUCCUCCCUGAGCGGCAGUGCCAAAAACGCCCCCCACCCCGGGGUGCUGGUCCUCCCCCUGUGCUUUCUCCCGUCCUCCCAAAGUCGGUUCUGGCCUCAUGCGUGUCCUUUCACCUGGGGUCAUUUUCCCAGGGGAUGUGCUUUAAUCAUUGGAGUAACGGAAACCCAAACAGGAUUACCCCUGCCCUCAGCCCACAGGGACUGCCCUGACUUCUGAGGCAACAGCAGGACUGUGGUCCUUCCUGCUGCUCUGUGUCUUUAUUAUGAGGCUCUUACUCUGAUCUCAUCUGAUCACUGUUGGAAUUUCCAUAGAUCUCCUAAACUGUUCUUAUAAAGCAACUGUUCUGCAAAACUCCCUCCCCGCCCCC